UCGGUAAAAUUUCACUCUCAGUUCGGUUAUAACCUUGAUGGUCAGUGAAAAUGGCUCUGCAUACCAAAUUUGUCUUCCUACUUGUAUUGGUUACGAUAACCAUAUUUAUGGCGAAUGCUGUAAAAUUUAACGAUCUCGACUCUGGCAUGGAAAGUUGGGAGAAAAUUUUUAAUUUUGCAUGCGGCUCGCCUGGAAUCAAGGAUGAAAUGAUGGCCAAGCAAUUUCACCAUUGCUACAGUUUUCUGGACAAAGUCGGGCAGGAAACUUUUGAAACGUGUCAAACUGAGAUAUUUGGGGUCUUACUUAGCUCCAAGGGUAAUUUGGACCAGGCUUGUAAGAAUGCUAAGGCAGAUACCCUUUCGCUGUAUAUCGCCUGCUUGAAGAAAGGUUACGAGAAAUCUGGAGAUGACUAUGAGAAGGCUGCAACAAUUGUCAAUGCAUGUGAUGGAAGAGUUUUUGGCCUUGACAGGGACGAUUCUGAGACUACGACCUCGUCUUCCGCAUGUAAUACUACUUAAUUAAACGUUUUUAAAUACUCUUGUAAUUCUAACAAGUUGAAUUCUAUGUACGAUACGUAUGUACUUAUUUAUGCAGUGCAUAUUAAAAUAACUAAACCCCAAAACCAAA